UUUGUAUUUCUCUCCAGGUACUGAUAUCUCUGUAGGAGAGGAGGUGGCCAUAAAGCUGGAAUGUGUGAAGACCAAGCACCCACAGCUCCACAUCGAGAGCAAGAUCUACAAGAUGAUGCAGGGAGGAGUGGGUAUCCCAACGAUAAAGUGGUGUGGGGCGGAGGGCGACUACAACGUGAUGGUGAUGGAGCUGUUAGGACCUAGUCUGGAAGACCUGUUCAACUUCUGCUCCCGGAAGUUCUCCCUCAAGACGGUCCUGCUGCUGGCGGACCAGAUGAUCAGUCGUAUAGAGUACAUCCACUCUAAGAACUUCAUCCACAGAGACGUGAAGCCAGACAACUUCCUGAUGGGCCUGGGCAAGAAGGGCAACCUGGUGUACAUCAUCGACUUUGGCCUGGCCAAGAAGUACCGCGACGCCCGCACACACCAGCACAUCCCCUACCGCGAGAACAAGAACCUGACCGGCACCGCGCGCUACGCAUCCAUCAACACUCACCUGGGAAUCGAGCAGUCUCGUCGUGAUGACCUGGAGUCUCUUGGCUAUGUCCUGAUGUACUUCAACCUGGGCAGUCUGCCCUGGCAGGGCCUGAAGGCCGCCACUAAGAGACAGAAGUACGAACGCAUCAGUGAGAAGAAGAUGUCUACCCCCAUCGAGGUCCUCUGUAAAGGAUAUCCAUCGGAGUUUGCCACGUAUCUGAACUUCUGCCGUUCUCUGCGGUUCGAUGACAAGCCCGACUACUCGUACCUCAGACAGCUAUUCAGGAACCUGUUCCACAGACAGGGCUUCUCCUACGACUACGUCUUCGACUGGAACAUGCUCAAGUUUGGCGCCAACAGAGCAGCGGAGGAUGCAGAGAGGGAGAGGAGAGCUGGUGAGGACAGACUGAGACAGGGACAGGCCAGGGCCCCUGCAGGGGCCAGGGGGAUCCCCUCCGCCUCCGGACGACCCAGAGGAGCACAGGACGCAGCCGCACCCGCACCCCUCACACCCACCUCACACACAGGUAUGGAGCGAGAGAGGAAGGUCAGCAUGCGUCUUCACCGUGGAGCUCCUGUCAACAUCUCCUCCUCAGACCUGACGGGACGACAGGACUCACGCAUGUCCACCUCACAGGCUCUCUCUCGUGUCACCCCUAGUGGCCUCCAGUCAGCAGCCCCUCGAUGAGUCCCUCUGUCCCCAUCACCACCACCACCACCAUCACCCUGGAGGGUUUAACCAUGCACGGCCCUAACCAUACAACACACACACCAACACAGACACCAACACCUGGAGGACGCUUACUGAAACAACCAGUCAACCCAUCAGAUGCCUGGACUCUUACACAAUCAACCAAUCAAAAGGCAGGACAAGGACCUCGUCAUCCGCUAGCAACUCCAUCCAUCCAACCAGCCAAUCAAAACACACAGACUGAUGCUCUGCCUCUUUGACAUCAACGGAUCUCUGCUAAGUAACAAGCUCAUGCUGUUGUAACAGGGUGGACGAUACACACACACACACACACACACACACACACACACACGACUCAGAGAGCGUUCAGCCGUGCUCAUCGGGGAUGGAGGAGAUGAGACUGGGAUAGAGGAGGAGAAACAAGAGAGGGGGGAAGGAGGGAUUGUGUUGCCCCUGGCACACCCAGAACAGUCACUGCCCCCCCCCCCCCCACCCCUCUGCUUUCGUGAACCCCAGCGAGGACACUGACAUGGGGAACACAGACCUGCUUAACGCCCCUUACACACCUCAUCCUCCAUCACUUCUCUCCCUCUCUCAUCCUCCAUCACUUCCCUCCCUCCCUCUCUCCUCCAUCACUUCUCUCCCUCCCUCUCUCCUCCAUCACUUCUCUCCCUCUCUCCUCCUCCAUCACUUCCCUCCCUCUCUCCUCCAUCACUUCUCUCCCUCUCUCCUCCUCCAUCACUUCUCUCCCUCUCUCCUCCUCCAUCACUUCUCUCCCUCUCUCCUCCAUCACUUCUCUCCCUCUCUCCUCCUCCAUCACUUCCCUCCCUCCCUCUCUCCUCCAUCACUUCCCUCCCUCCCUCUCUCCUCUAUCACUUCUCUCCCUCUCUCUUCUACUCCAUCACUUCUCUCCCUCUCUCCUCCAUCACUUCCCUCCCUCUCUCCUCCAUCACUUCUCUCCCUCCCUCUCUCCUCCAUCACUUCUCUCCCUCUCUCUCCUA